AUGCUGGACGAGUGCCUGACGCCAUCUGUCAAGCAUUAUGGAGCAAUACUAUCCAGGCAGGUGUCCUUGCGAAAUAAGGGAUUUCAUUUCUGUGGAGGCGUUAUCCUGAGCAGCCGCUGGAUAAUGACUGCUGCACAUUGCUUUCUGUCCUUUUCAAAAGGGUUUCUCAGUGGUGUUACGGUGGUAGUGGGAGAGUAUGACCGAAGAGUAGAGGAUGCCGAGGAACAGGUCAUUUCUAUCAAAUCCAUCUCAUUCCAUGAGAAAUACCAACAUGAUGUACCCAUGAGCUUUGACGUGGCACUUGUGCAGCUGGAUCAAAAAAUUCAACUUGGAUCCUUUGUCCAGCCUAUUUGCUUGCCGCUACCUGAUGAGUCCAGUCCAAUACAUACCAGUUGUGUCGUGGGUGGAUGGGGGAGGAUAAAAGAACGAGGUCGUCUUCCUGCCAUUCUGAGAGAGGUUCAGCUGGAUUUGGUGGAUCCGGCCAAAUGUAAAUAUGUUCUCCAGACUGUCACAAGAGCACUGCAUGCAGCCAAUACAGUUGUUUGUGCAGGACAAGAAAGAGGAGGAAGAGACACCUGCCAGGGGGACUCGGGGAGUCCGCUUGUAUGUCGCGCAAGAUCUGGCAGCGGACGCUGGGAGGCUCUUGGCAUUACUUCAUGGGGUAAGGGAUGUGGUCGCAGUUGGGGAAACAACAGCAGCCGCCCUCCGACCAAAAGAGGAUCUCCUGGCAUUUUUACCAAUGUGAGGCUUCUGCUACCCUGGAUCAAGUAUACAUUGCGAAAUGCUGAUGACCAGUGGCGAGGAAGGAAGUCAUUAGGUAAUUCAGGUCUGUGCAGUGUGCAGGAUGGGAUUAUAGUUGAAAAUAAAGGGAUAAUCAGAAACCCUCCCCGCUACGUUGAUCACUAUGACAACAAUGAGCUCUGUGUGUGGACUAUCAACGUGCCUCCAGGUUCGAGCGUUCUUCUCCAAUUUAAUCAUUUUAACUUGGAGAACGACUCGUAUUGUCACUAUGAUCGACUUGCUGUUUUAAUAGGGAGCAACAGGCCUGUUGGAAUUUUCUGUGGAAGUUUCCUUCCUGGCCCAGUACUUCUGAAGAAUACACAGCAAGUAGUACUCGUCUUCUCAUCUGAUAUGAAUGCUGUAGGAAGUGGCUUUACUCUUUCGCACCAAGUUGUACGCAAAGAGCCUGACCCUGAAUGCGGCACAAUUGUUGCAGUCAAAGAGCAGAACACUUUAAGUAGUCCAAAUUACCCACUCUUCUAUACGAACAACUGCUCUCUUCGCUGGGUGAUUUAUGCUCCACAAGGUCAUAUUGUAAAGUUGGAUUUUACCGACUUUGAUGUCGAGGAGUCAAAUGGAUGUUUGUAUGACUCCUUAACUAUCCUGGGUGAGGUGCAGGGUACAGAGAAGAUUGCGGUGCUAUGUGGUCGCAGUAUUCCUCCACCUGUCCUGUCCUACCACAGGGUCAUGGUCCUUGACUUCACCUCAGACAGCAGCAUCACACAUCGAGGCUUCAAAGCAACAAUAGCAUUUAUUAGCUAUACAGACCUUUUUGAUGACAAAAGAAGAAAACUGGGUCGGAAGGGCCAAAGAACCUACGAGAACUUGGAUGACACCAAAGAAGCUGUGGGGAUGUCAAGUAGCAGCAGAGUUCUUUUCCAGGAAGUGAAGGAGAGGAGCUUUGAUGAUGAAGAUGAUAGCUCAGAAUCGUCAGGGAGAGAGAAAUAACAUUAAAAAAUUUUUUUUUUUUUUUUGCAUUCAACACAAAUGAAGCUGAAUGACCAGAGAAGGUUAUAUAAUUUUAAAUCUAAAUAAGGUUAUGUAUUAUAAAUUAUGUUUGAUAAGGAUAACAUUGUAUUCAACUGUACCAUAUAUAAAGGUUAAUAUCAGCUCAUGUCUUGCUUUUAAUUGCCACCAUGUUAUUGUCCAACGGAAGGUUGUUGUCAUUUGUACCAUAAAAUGUAUAACGGAGUAUUUUAUUGCACAUAGACCAAUGUCCACUUUAUGAAUGUAAUUUCACUUGUAUAAAAUGUCCACAAGAACAACAUAGGAAAGUGUAUGACUGUGGUUUCCAACAGUGUUGUUGAGUUGGGGAUAAACAAACAAACAAAAACACUAUAACGGAUACUAAUAUACAGACUAUUUUGUAAAUGCACCCAAG